UCUAAACUUAAAAUUAACCCAUCUUUUAUUUCGAGUAUUUGUAAUCUUCAUAUUUUUAACAGCUAGGAAGAAGGAGAUCGGCUUUCUUAAGGAAACUCUCUGGGGGAGAGACAAAGAAAUUGCUGAUCUAAAGAAAAAACUGUCACAACUGCAGCAAAAUGAACGGAGAAAUAAUUUAGAUAUUGUCAAGCACAUGGCGACAAUGGACGAAAAGCUACAAAAGGCGAGGAUGAACAUUGACGAGCUAGAGGGCGGCAUUAUAUUCAGUGUAAUAAAGAAUGAAAUAAAAACAGAAGAAUCUCAGAGUGAACCACAAAUAUUUAAUGGCAAAGACUAUUUUGACCUUCAACCGUCAUGGUUUGACACUCUAUCAAACAACUUUGGAUGUCUCAAAGUUGAUAACUCUCCAGUAACAGCACCAGACCUUGAAGCUAUGAAGAAUUUUAAAUCAAAUUUAAAGCUCUCCACCAAAGCAGCUAAAGGCAAAGAUUACUUUGACCGUCAACCGUCAUGGUUUGACACUCUAUCAACUAAAAAUGGUGGAUGUCUUAAAGUUAAAAACUUUCCAGUAAGAGCAAAAGAUCUUGAAGCUAUGAAGAGUUUUAAAUCAAAUUCAAACCCCUCAAAAGCAAGUGACAAAGGCGAAAUAUCAAACUUGGAAGGAACGUAUACUGGGGGUCGCGAUGACAUGAAACAUGUUGACUUCAAAAGACUAAGGAAAGGUUUCUACAGUUUAUUUGAGGCUCCGUCUUACUUGGUAGUUGGCAUGUGA